GUUAGAGUGAGCAGAAGGAGGAGAGGGGACAGUGAGGCUCUCAGGGACGCUCUCAGGGACGAACGUGGCCAAGGGGGAAGGCAGGGGCGGAGAUGAAGCCGGCCGAAGCUUCGAGUCGAGGCAGCGCGCCCAGAGGAGGUGCCUUAGCUCACUCGGAAAGACUGGAGGCUCAAAUGAACAGAUCCCAGAAGCGCCUGAAAGAGGAAGCUGAGGAAAGGGGCCUUAAAGACAGGAUUCACCAGCUGAGACUCGUGCGGGAUCAGCUGCGGGCUGAAGUGCAGCGGCGUGGAUCCAGGGUGGGAGCCUCUGGCGCCGGCGUGGAGCCCGGCCCGCCCCUGGUGAAGAGUGAGCGAGAGGCUUUGAAACGCAGAGAGGAGACGGCGAAAGCCCUUCUGCAGGCCUACCGCUUCACAGGGCUCAGUGCCAAGUCGACCAGCCGGGGCGUCUGCGUCUGCAUCAGCACCACCUUCGAAGGGAACCUGCUGGAAUCCUAUUUUGUGGACCUUGUGAUCCAGAAGCCACUUCAGAUACAUCACCACUCGGUCCCGCCAUUCAUCCCCCUGGAGCAGUUGUCUGCCAAGUACUUGCAGACUGACGUUCAGCACUUCCUCUUUCGCCUCCACGAGUACCUAAAUGCUUACUCCGGAAGGAAGUACCAGGCGGACCGACUUCAGAGUGACUUUUCGGCCUUCCUGGCCGGGCCCCUGCAGAGAAACGCGCUGUGCAACCUGCUGACCUUCACUUACAAAGUGGAGCCCAAGAGCCCGUCCCCGCCCCUCCGCGCCAGACUGGUGUAUAAGGACCUCGGCGAGUCCCUGCCCACUGCCGUCACCGUCACUACUCAAGGGGAGGAACAGCAGGCGGCCCACGAGGGCCUGUUCAGGACCAGGCCGCUGCACCGCGUGUUCGCUGAGUUCGCGAGGGAAGGAGAGAAGAUGCACGUGAGCUCGGCCUCCUAGGAGCCUCCGGGGACGCCCAGGCGAGUGGACUGGCGGGGCCGGAGCCCUGGACGGGGCGUUGGAGACAGCUGGCCGUGGUUGCCUUGCCACGGCUAGAACGUGCGGGACCACCUGCUCUUCGGGGGCUGAUGAGAUACCAAACACGACCAAGCAUGUUUCAGCUGAAAAUCCGAGCGGAAUGUGGGGCGACAGAGGCAUUUGUUGAUAGCAGGAAUGGAUGUCAUACCUCAUAUUCUGAGCACUUGAGAGGGAGUACUCUAGGUUCGUGAUGCGAGAAGAAUCACAAGGUUAACGUGUAGCUGCUUUAAGAGCAGGGUAGUCUAGGCCUAAAAUAAUCAGGUUUGGGACCUGACAGUACAGCAGGUAGGGCGCUUGCCUUGCAUGCGCCCAACCCGGCACCCUGUAUGGUCCCUGAGCACCGCCAGGAGAGAUUCCUGAGCUCAAAGCCAGGAGUAACUCCUGAGCAUCGCCAGGUGUGGCCCAAACCACCCCCCACCUCCCCACACAAAAAUAAAAUCAGGGUUCUAGGUUCCUAGAAUUCGUUUCCUGGAAUAUUUCGCUUGUAAGCUGGUGUUAAGUUGGCCGUGGAAGUGCCAGGUGGCACAUCUGCCCCUGUGCCGUGUCCCCGGCUCCCGGUGAUGGGGUACCCUGUGUCUAAGCAGCCAGGCCGCCAGCCGCUGCCCUUUCAGUUCUUAGCCCCUGGUCGUGACGAGCAGGGGAGAAGCACCCGACC